AAGAGGAGCGCCAGCGAGGAACAAAGAGGGUGGCGGAUGAGGAAAGGGGCGGGGAUUCGGUCCCGGGGAUGGUGGGCGGGGCCUGCCUGCUGCCUCGGGAGAAGCGGAGCGGACUAGCCGGGAACCGGAGCCAUGGCGGAAGCGGCGGCCGAGAAAGCAUAUUAUCGGUUCCUGGUGCUUUUCUUCAACUGUCUCUUGACCUUUGGCUCCUACUUCUGUUUUGAUAUUCCCAGUGUCUUGCAAGAACAGUUUCAAGGGAAUCUAACCUGCCCCAACGGAACUCAACAGAAUGGCACAGAACAUAACGCAACAGCUGAUUGUGUGGAAGGGCUUGGAAUGACUCCUGAAGAAUACAACCUUCUCUAUGCCAUCUAUGCCUGGACUAAUGCGCUGGUGGUGAUUGUGGCUGGCUUCUUGAUUGACAAACUGGGAAACCGCUUUGGUGUCUUUCUCUUCUCUUUCCUCACUGUCUUGGGAUCAUCUGUUUUUGCGCUGGGCUCUCACCUGAAAGGAACUCCGUAUCUCUUGCCUCUGAUGCUAACUGGCAGAUUGCUUUUUGGUUCUGGAAAUGGAUCGCUCACAAUUGUGCAGAACCGCAUCACCGCCUUUUGGUUCAAAGGCAAAGAGCUGGCGCUCGCCUUCGGGUUGACUCUCUCUUUCUCCCGUCUCGGGAGUGUCCUCAACUUCUUUUUCACCCAGCGGUUUGAAAGCCAUUUUGGAAUCCAGUGGACCCUUUGGGGAGGAGCCCUGUUAUGCGUAUUGGGCUUUAUUUCAGCCAUCACUGUCAGCGUGCUGGACAAAGUGGGUACGAAGCAGCUUGGCUUAGAUGGAGUUCUCCAACAAGAGUCCAAGAAAGUGAGAAUUCAAGAUAUCCGCCACUUACCCCUUCGCUACUGGCUCUUGGUCCUUACUAUAAUGUUCUUCUACAAUGGGAUCUUCCCCUUUGUGGCCGAUGCAAGUAAGUUUAUCCAAGAUAAGUAUCCUGGCUACAGUCAACAGGCAGCUGCAUAUAUAGCUGGAGCAGUUUACGACAGCUCUCUUGUUCUCUCGGCGGCUGUUGGCAUAUUGAUCGAUUACAUUGGGCUGAGAGGUGUGUUUGCUGUUGGUUGUGCGGUGCUAACAUUGCCCGUAUUUGCUCUCUUGGCCUUCACCUUCGUUCCCCCACUUGUCUCCACCAUCUGGCUAGGAAUCACCUACUCCUUUGCAGCCGCCAGCAUGUGGCCUUCAAUUCCACUCGUGGUUCCUCAAGCAACAGUGGGAACAGCGAUGGGGCUUGCGACAUCCGUACAAAUGAUUGGCAUCGGACUCUCCAAUGUGAUCGUGGGACAUAUCUUGGGAACAAAGUCCAGUGAACUGAAGAUCCCCUUAUGGCGCUGGCAACAGAUGAUGGUCUUCAUGCUGGCCAACACCAUUGCUUGCAUUGGGAGCUCUGUCUGCCUUAACAUAGUAGAUAAGAAGCAGGGUGGCACGUUGAACCGCUCAACAAAACGCUCGCCAACCGAGGCAGUGGCCCAGCCACCUGUUGACACAGCUCCCCUUCUCAAUGAGGCAGAAGGAGACCGAUCCAUCAAUUAAAGAAGAGGCCUUCAGGACAUGGAGUAUAACACAAAUGAGCCUUGGGGAGGGGUGUCUCAUUCUUCAGCAGUGUGUCCCCCCCUUUUUCUUUCUUUUUGGGGUUUAAUAAGGGAAUUUAAAGAACGGGCCAUAAAUCCGGUAUAUAGGAAUAGCUGCUUUUUAAGUAGCUGCUAGGUGCUAUAUAUUAACCAAAAAUCUUAACACUAUAAUUAAUUCUACAGCUGCUGUGAGUGCCGAGAUCUUUUAAUGCCGAUUUUGAGUUAUUUAGUCAUUCUUUUAGUCUUCUUUAUUGCAGGAAAUUUUCUGCUGAAGAGAUUGAAAUAAUUCUUGUGUAGAUCUUAACUGGAUGAAAGGCGGGAAUGUAUAUUACUCGCUGCAAGCAAUUGUAUAUACAAAUCUUGCACUCAUUUUUUUUUAAAAAAAGUUUCCUCUUGCCCUGGUAAAGGCUAAUAAUGGAUUUUGUGCUCCAACGUCCUCGUAGCAUCCACCACAGCAGUAUUAUCAAUUUCCAUGAAAAUGCUUUAUAAUUUUCCUUUUCCAAAAUCAUGAGGUUUUAAGUCAAGGUUUGCCUUUCUCACACAUCUGUUUCAGUUAUAUUGGUUUCUUUUUGAAAUCUGUUCUGACGGUAUUGAAAAUCCUAAUACAAUCUAGCCAGGAACUGAGGUGUUAUAGUACAGUCCCAGAUAACUUCACUUUCCGUUUCCCCUUUCUUGACUACUUCUUAAGGAGGCUUCCAGUAGCUCCAUCUUGACCAUUUGGAAAUAUAAAGUCUAAUGUGAAUGAUUAUUGAUUGGACUGCAUAUGGAUAUUGAAUAUUCUGUAUCUCUUUA